AUGCUUCCGCACGCUUACGCGCUCUUACACACGGACGUAAAUACUGCCGUGGCGGGACACCACUAUAGGGAGCUUUUCUGCUUGGAGCAUGGAAUUCAGCCCGAUGGCCAAAUGCCCAGCGACCAGGUCGUCGCCGGGGGAGACGAUGCGUUUAACACUUUCUUCUCGGAGACUGGCGCGGGCAAGCACGUACCAAGAUGUGUGUUCGUGGACUUAGAACCCACGGUGGUAGACGAAGUGCGAACGGGCACCUACCGUCAGCUGUUUCACCCAGAACAGUUAAUAUCAGGCAAGGAAGAUGCAGCAAACAAUUUCGCAAGAGGGCACUACACCAUAGGGAAGGAGAUUGUAGACAUCUGUCUGGACCGAGUGCGCAAGUUGGCCGAUAACUGCACAGGGCUGCAGGGUUUUCUGAUGUUUAAUGCAGUGGGUGGAGGAACAGGAAGUGGUCUGGGAUGUCUUCUAUUGGAAAGGCUAGCCAUAGAUUACGGAAAGAAAUCGAAGUUAAAUUUCUGUUCUUGGCCCUCUCCCCAAGUGUCCACAGCUGUAGUGGAGCCAUACAACUCGGUUUUAUCUACUCACUCUCUACUAGAACACACAGAUGUAGCGAUCAUGUUAGAUAAUGAAGCUAUAUACGAUAUAUGCAAGAAGAAUCUUGACAUAGAGAGGCCGACCUAUACAAACCUAAACAGACUAAUAGCCCAGGUCAUUUCGUCCUUAACGGCUUCUCUACGAUUUGAUGGUGCCCUCAAUGUGGACGUUACGGAGUUUCAGACAAACUUAGUGCCCUACCCACGUAUCCACUUUAUGUUAUCGUCCUACGCCCCCAUCAUUAGUGCAGAGAAGGCAUACCACGAGCAGCUCUCUGUGUCUGAAAUUACUAACUCUGCAUUCGAGCCUGCUUCUAUGAUGGCGAAGUGUGACCCUCGUCAUGGAAAAUACAUGGCAUGCUGCUUAAUGUACAGAGGGGACGUCGUUCCAAAGGAUGUGAACGCUGCCGUCGCGACCAUUAAAACAAAGAGGUCCAUUCAGUUUGUUGACUGGUGCCCAACAGGAUUCAAGUGUGGUAUUAACUACCAGCCACCUACUGUUGUCCCUGGGGGAGAUUUAGCCAAAGUGAUGAGAGCUGUCUGCAUGAUAAGUAACUCCACCGCUAUUGCUGAAGUGUUCUCUAGAAUGGACCAGAAAUUUGACCUCAUGUAUGCCAAGAGAGCGUUUGUCCACUGGUAUGUUGGAGAAGGUAUGGAGGAGGGAGAGUUUAGUGAAGCCAGGGAGGACUUAGCCGCCUUGGAAAAAGACUACGAAGAGGUCGGCAUCGAGACCAACGAAGGUGAAGGGGAAGAUGAAGGCUACGAAUGA